AUGAGACCCAAACCCAUCCCUUCGAUUUCUUCUCCCCCAUUCCCCAUAGACCUCUCCAAUUACUGCGUUCCUCUUCCCUUCCUUGCUCGAGUACGAGCCUUUCGUUACUUGCGAUCUUUAAAUCUUUCUGAUUGCCAUAGACUCACUACUUCUGCUCUUUGGCCUAUUGCAGCUGAAGCGGUAUGUCUACUUGUUGCUGAUGCUGAGGAGCGAGGACCCAAAGGAGGAUGGAGAAGGUUGCUGAAGAGACGCAGAGGAAAAGGAAAGCUCCUGAGGAGGUGGGCAAUGGCAAAAAUGGUGGUGGAGCUUAAGAGGAUCAACAAAGGCAAAAAAGAAGUAGGCAAAAAAGUGACUGGGUUCGUUGGGAGGGGGAGAGGGUCUGGGUGGUUGUUGAGUUGGGGUUCUGGAUUCGUUGGGAUGGGUUGCUGGCUUGGGUGGAGGGUGAGGAGGAGCUGGGGUUUUGGGUUCAUGGGGCCUGGGGUGGAGGGUGUUUGUUGGAUGGGUUUGGGUGGAGAGUGGUUGUGGGAUAUGGGUUUGGGGGUUGGAGCUUGA